GCUCGACCACCAUGGUCCAUCCUGUCCUGAGUCUCCUUAAUCUAGGAAUCAUGGUCUUCUUGCUAACAGGAUGUCGAUGUAGAGGAUUCCAUGUGGAGCUGCGGGCGCCAAGAUAUGUGUCCUUCGGCAACUCAGCCCUACUCAAGUGCGACUACUCUGUCCCGGAGGAUGAGCUGCACAAAGUAGAAUGGCUGCACCAAAACCGGAAGAUCUGGCAGUAUGUCAAAGGGCGCAACCCUCCUUUCCGCAACUACUCCACUACAGGAUCGGUCAUCGAUUUGUCGCUAAGUGACAGGCAUCAAGUACUGCUGACCAAUCUUCACUUCGAUGCGUCAGGAAUCUACACUUGUGAAGUGUCAACAGAAAAGCCUAUUAUAUAUACCAAACCAUCCGAGGAGCUAGAAAUAACUGUUAUUAGAAAUCAAUUGGAAAAUCCAAGAAUAACUUUCCGGAAGCCAGAGUACACAGUGGGAGAUUGGCUGCAGGUCAAUUGUACUUCCGCUUCCGCAAGACCGACUCCUUAUGUUACAUGGCUCCUUAAUGGGAAAAAGGUGGACGAGAGUUUGAUACGGUCGUUUACUGAACAGCAGCCGUCUUCUGUGACUGCCCAACUGACCCUCCAACUGACAGAGGAGCACGUGGAUUCUCUAGAGCUAACCUGUCUCGCGACCAUCCCCAAGUUCCUGGGCAACAGUAUCCACCCCUCAGAGUACGCUGACCACAAGUCUGAGUCCGUGACUGUGGACGUGGUGCUGAUACAGCAAAAAGCGUCGACGAGUGCCCAGAACAUGAGCGAUGCUGACAGCACAACCCCCUCAGCGCUGUGGACGUGCUUGCUGAUACCUGUCUUCUGGGCGAACCAUUGAGAGUCGGAAUAGCUUUUACUUUUGUAUAUAUAUCAUCGGUGGUGCUUUCAGAUUUUGAAGGUUUAGAUAUUGUAAUAGAAAAGAUUAAACGUUAACGCGUCGUAAUGAAAAACUCCAACAACGAUUUUAAUUGAACACAUUUUAUAAUAGGUUUAGGAGAAAAUACUAGAAAAGGAAACCGGUAAUAAUUUUUUGAUUAUUAAAAGUUAUUUACCACAGUGUUUCAUUUAAAAAAAGGAUUACAUUCUUCAUUAAAACAGGUAAACACGGGAAAUCCUCCUUUCGGUCAAUUUACGAAAAAAAUACCUAUUGGUUUGAUUUUAAAAGUUACCUUUCUUGCCGGUAACUAAUUUAUAUUUUCUAAACAUAGUUAGUCUUCCUAAUGAACUAUAAAGAGUAGAAGAUAAGCAUCCUGUUGGAAUGUCUCUAAAGUUUAAGUGUAAGUUCGUAGAAAUGGUUGAAAUCUGAAAGCUCCAGAACUAAACAAAACAUAUCACAGGACUUUCCUCUCUGUCAAUUGCUACUUACUGUAAUUAUAGUGUUUUAUAUUUUUCUGUACAUAUUACUCUAUUAUAUAGGCCUAAACAUUUGCCUGACUAUGUAUGUAUAUAGAACAUCAUGAGAUAUACUAAAUGCCGGCUAUUGUUACUACGGCUAUGGAACUUUGUUUUAGGGUUUAGUUUUUGAAUAGAUACUCAUGGUUUAAAGGUUUUGAGGAUAAGGAAUGCUGUACUGUUACAUGAUCAUUCCAAUUACUAAUGAUGUAAUGUUAUUUAACAAAUUUUAUUUUAUUUCUUCAAGGAACUUUUAUUAAAAACUAUGGGAUGGGUUUCAGACUGUUGAAAGAAAAAAGUUUAAACAUUGAAGUAAAUAACUGUAUAUACGAACUAAAAUAAACCAUUCA